UUCAAAGCAAAGUUUCAGUCAGAAAAAAAAAAUUAAAAAGAAAAAAAAAAAAGGUUGAUGAAGAAUGCGUGAGGCGAGGUUAAGCGCGUGGCAACGAACAUUGAUUCAUCAUUCAUUCAUCUCUCACAAUUUCUCUCUCUCAUCAUCAUCUUCCUCAUUUCCGUUUCCUUUAUCCUUUUUUUAAUUCCAAUUUUGUCCUCUGCUUUUUCAUCGUUUCUCAGUUAUGCCCUCUUCAUCUGCGAUGGCGUACUUGAAGUCGUAGCUCCGCUUUUUCAAUUCCAAUUUUCAAUUUCCCAAACCUUUUAGGGUUUAAUGGAACCUCGAAUUGGGAACAAGUUCCGUCUUGGUCGGAAAAUUGGUAGUGGAUCUUUUGGAGAGAUCUAUCUCGGAACCAAUAUUCAGACAAAUGAAGAGGUUGGGAUUAAGCUUGAAAAUGUCAAAACCAAGCACCCUCAAUUGUUGUAUGAAGCAAAGCUGUAUAAAUUACUGCAAGGAGGAACUGGAAUCCCGAAUAUAAAAUGGUCCGGGGUCGAAGGAGAGUACAAUGUCCUUGUGAUGGAUUUACUUGGCCCUAGUCUUGAGGAUUUAUUCAAUUUCUGUAAUAGGAAAUUGUCCCUCAAAACUGUUCUCAUGCUUGCUGAUCAAAUGAUAAAUCGAGUCGAAUUUGUUCAUUCCAAGUCAUUUUUACAUCGGGACAUCAAGCCAGACAACUUCCUCAUGGGUUUAGGGAGGCGUGCAAAUCAAGUAUAUGUCAUUGACUUUGGUCUUGCUAAGAAGUUCAGAGACAGCACUACACAUCGGCAUAUUCCCUACAGAGAGAAUAAGAAUCUGACUGGAACUGCUAGGUAUGCCAGUAUGAAUACUCAUCUUGGAAUUGAGCAAAGCCGCAGGGAUGAUUUAGAGUCACUUGGAUACGUUCUUAUGUAUUUUUUAAGAGGAAGUCUGCCUUGGCAGGGAUUGAAAGCAGGUACUAAGAAGCAGAAGUAUGAGAGAAUCAGUGAGAUGAAAGUUUCUACUUCUAUUGAGUCUCUUUGCCGUGGCUAUCCCUCAGAAUUUGCAUCAUACUUCCAUUAUUGUCGGUCACUGAGGUUUGAUGAUAAACCAGAUUAUGCUUAUCUGAAAAGACUUUUGCGUGACCUUUUCAUCCGUGAAGGAUUCCAGUUUGAUUAUGUCUUUGAUUGGACCAUUUUGAAAUAUCAGCAGUCUCAAAUCGCCACUCCUCCUUCACGUACCAUUGGUCUUGCUGCUGGACCAAGUUCUGGUCUACCACUAGCUUCUCCAAAUGCUGAUGGACAGUCAGGUGGAAAAGAUGGUAGGCAUACUGGGUGGUCUUCAUCUGAUCCCACUCGCAGGAGGAACUCUGGACCUAUUGCCAAUGAUGGAACCUUAUCUAGAGAAAAAGCACCACUUACAAAUGACUUAACUGGAUCUAAAGAUGCUAUGUUGUCAAGUUUGAAAUUCUUUCGGUCAAGUGGAUCUGCAAGGCGAGGUGCUAUCUUAAGCAGCCGUGAUGCAGUUGUUGGCAGUGAGACUGAGCCCUCUCGUCCUCUCACUCUGGAUUCGAGUCAAGGAGCACUUCGUAAAAGCUCUGGUGCUCAGAGAAGUUCACCUAUCAUGUCAUCUGAGCCCAACAGAGUAUCAUCUGGCAGAAACACAUCAUCAAACAUAAAGAAUUUGGAUUCAACUCUUAGAGGUAUUGAGAGUCUGCAUUUUAAUGAUGAGAGGGCACAGUAUUAGGAGCUGCUACUCUCGAUCACCUUUCUUCCUUGUAAAUUCUGAAAGGUUUAUACUCGUAGUCACAAACUGCGGAGUGGAGUGUUGUCUGUGGGUUUUGCUGAAGAAAAGCUGCAAACGAAUUGGGAAUUAUCCCCAUAAGUAUACAAUAAAGAUAUAUUUUGGCGGUUUCCUAACAAAACUAAAGGCAUCUGUUCAUAUAGUCUGUUAUACUCGUCUGAUGAAUAUUUUCCAUAACCUUUACCAUUAUUUUCUUUGAUAUUUUUAGCCUCGGUGAUAAAGCAUAUCAUUGCGCAAGAUGUGAACCUGAGUUGUGUCUGUUUUUAGCACGAUUCUAUGAUCAAUAUUUCAUGUAUGACAGUGGAGUGGAGCGAGUACCGGGUACUAACUAUUAUCAUCUUGAAUAACUACUGCCUUUAAAUCCUGAAUAAAUAUUAGUUGUGUUUGUAA